UUUGUUGUGUCCGAUGCGGUGGGGAAGGGGUGGAACUGGUCGCCUGAUCCUCACGUUUAGUGCGUCAUCAGCUGAUUGGGGGGACAUGUGUUAUUGACAGUUUGUUUUUGUUUCUUGAGUAUUCGAUAGAGUUCCAUUGACGAUUGAGCAUUGUUGUGAAAAUAUUCGGGGUGAAAAGCUGUCAAGUGUUUAGUUAAUUAUUAUACGUUUAUUCAAUCGUAGCUAUUAUUGAUUUUACGCGAUGAUUAUGAAACGUGAUUUAAUUUAUCCGAUUGUUCUGGUGUGCUCGAUUAGCAGUAAUGUCGAAUCAUGGCGGUUCAGGGGGAAUCAACGGUCUCCAGUGGUUUUGGUUCCAGGAGAUGGAGGAAGCCAGGUGGAAGCAAAAUUGAAUAAACCCUCGGUAGUGCAUUAUCUCUGCGAGAAAACGUCAGCAGAAUUUUUCAACAUAUGGCUGAAUCUCGAGUUGUUAGUCCCAAUCGUCAUUGACUGUUUCAUCGACAACAUGAAACUGACGUACGACAACAAGACGAGAACAACAAGCAACUCUCCUGGAGUUGAUAUUAAUAUUCCUGGAUGGGGCGACCCAUUUAUGGUUGAGUGGCUGGACCCCAGCAAGGCGUCGCCUGGCAGCUACUUCAAGGACGUUGGGAAUAUGUUGGUCAAUGACCUGGGAUAUGUGAGGAAUUUGUCGCUGCGGGGGACCCCCUAUGAUUUCAGAAAGGCUCCAAAUGAAAAUGAGGAGUUCUUUGUCAAAUUAAAAUCUCUGAUCGAAGAAACUUACAUAAUGAACAAUAAGCAGCCAGUGACACUGAUAGCCCACAGCAUGGGUGGACCAAUGUGUCUGUUAUUCCUCCAACGUCAGAGUCAAAAGUGGAAAAACAUGUACAUUAAUAGUUUGAUAACCCUCGGCGCUGUUUGGGGCGGAUCUGUGAAGGCACUGAAAGUAUUCGCCAUUGGAGACGACUUGGGAGCUUAUCUCCUUCGUGAAAGCAUCCUGAGGAAUCAACAAAUCACUAGUCCAAGUCUGGGAUGGUUGAUUCCCUCUAAACUCUUUUGGAAGGGGUCUGAAGUGCUCGUGCAGACGGAGACGAGGAACUACACUUUAGAUAAUCUUCAGCAGUUUUUCUUGGAUAUUAACGUGCCAGAUGGUUGGGAAUUUCGAAAAGAUACUGAGAAGUAUCAGAACGAUUUCACAGCACCAGGAGUUGAAGUUCAUUGUCUUCAUGGAGCUAAUGUUGACACUGUUGAAAGACUGUACUAUAAGCCAGGAGCUUCUCUGGACAGUCGUCCCCAAUUAAUAAACGGUGAUGGCGAUGGGACAGUUAAUGCAAGGAGCCUUGAAGGUUGCCUGCACUGGAAAGCCAAGCAAAAAGCGAAGAUUUAUCACCAGGCAUUUCCCCACGUCGAUCACAUGCAGAUUCUCAGCAAUCAAACAGUCCUCGACUAUAUAAGAACCGUUCUGACUUUUUAAUAUUGAUCUCGUUACCUGAUUAGGAAUUAACGUUGAGUAAAAAAUCCUGCAUGACGAAAAAACAAGAAUGACAAGAAAAACACAAGCUAUGACAUUCAGGAUUUUAAUGAUUAAUUACGUGCGUAAGACGUAGAAUUUAAUAGCCAGAAGAAAGAAAAUAUCAUUUAGAAUGUAUGCAGCUCUUGAUUCUCAUUGCAUGAGUUGUUUUUUUAUCAAUUUUUUGUACCUCGAUGAUAAGUUAAAGUGCUCACAUAUCCACGUUCGUCUUUUAAUGAUAGAUAACAAGUCUGAUUUUGAUUUAUCUCUCCCCUUUCUCCAAUUAGUCGGGAGAAUUUAUGUAUAAAUAGUCCGGUGAUUGAUAAUGUAUUGAAAACCCUCUACUGGCAGGAAGAAUCUCACAUGGCAUCAAUAAUGUUUUCUUCAGAGUAGGUCUUGUCAUCCAUAGAAUUAAUGAUUUGCCAAAUUAAUUGUGUAAACUAAUGUACGUAAAUGAUGAUAUUUUUAUCAAGAACAAGAUUUAUUGUAAAUAACAACAGAUUAUACUGUCUUGCCCUAAAAUAAACGUGAUAUUAAAUUAAUGAA